UUAAAAAAAAAAUCAUAAAAGCACGAAAAUAUUAAAAUGGUGUAUGAGUACCAAGCAUUAUCAAUUUUCCAUUUAGUGUGUUAUUGACGGAAAACAUUAUAAGAAAAUAUAAACAGAAGUAUAAUCUGCGCCAUCGAUUUCACAGGAUCGGACGGUUCUCCGAAAUUUGUGUCGGUUAAAACACACAUUCUACGAAAUUACAAUUAAGCCCUUUAAAAUAAAAUUACUCCUCACGAUCCGACGGUCCAGAAUCGCCCGCCAACCUUUGCCUUGCUUACGUGUACGAUGGUCAACGCGUCAGCGAAUAGUGCCGUUUGAGGUUCAAACUUUUGUUCCCAACGUUAACCCUCUUCCGUUAACGUCCGUUAAAUCCCCUAGGGCUUUUUUUUCCCAGUGUUUCAUCACCUUCCUUGUAUAAACAAGGGAAUGUAACGGCGGUGGAAGAAGUAUUCGUUAUAAUAGUAGUGCUCUUUUAUCUUUUUUUAAUAUUUUUUCUUGUUUUCGAUCAGUCCUCUCUCUCUCUAUCUCUUUCUCUCUCUAUGGUUCAACGGGCAAAGUAUUUUUCGGAAAAAAGUUUUGUUUUUUCUAACGUUUACCUUGUUCUUCUUCUGCUCGUGAGAUCGUCAAUCCGUCUUUCUCGAUGAGCUACAGUUCGAAUCCUGUCGCUUGUUCUCGGGAAGAGGGGGAGACUGGUGAGGCGAGAAUCGAGGAUCAGUGCAUGGAAAACAAGCAAUUAACAGCUGCUUCGAGCUCGUCUAUGUCCGAAGGCAGUGGCAAUAGUCUCCUCAAGUCACCUGGAGUUGCAAGUCCUGCCACAGCAUCUCCAACUCAUCGCAGGACUACUGGCCCUAUAAGACGAGCAAAAGGCGGCUGGACUCCUGAGGAGGAUGAUACACUUAAAAAAGCUGUUACCAUGUACAAGGGGAAGAGCUGGAAGAAAAUAGCUGAAUUCUUCCCUGAUAGAACAGAGGUUCAGUGCCUGCACCGGUGGCAGAAAGUACUUAAUCCAGAGCUUGUUAAAGGACCAUGGACUCAAGAGGAGGAUGAUAAAAUUAUAGAACUUGUUAAAAAAUUUGGGGCUGCAAAAUGGUCUGUUAUUGCCAGGUCUUUACCAGGUCGUAUAGGGAAGCAAUGUCGUGAAAGGUGGCACAACCAUUUGAAUCCUAACAUUAGAAAGGAUGCAUGGGCUACAGAGGAGGAAUUAGCUCUCAUGAAUGCCCAUCGAAUACAUGGCAACAAAUGGGCUGAAAUAGCUAAAGUGUUACCCGGCAGGACUGAUAAUGCGAUAAAGAACCACUGGAACAGUUCGUUGAAGAAAAAGUUAGAUUUCUACUUAGCUACUGGCAACCUGCCGCCGGCAGCAAAGUAUGGCUUUCCCAAUGGCGCCAGAGACCAUGGAGUUCCUGACACAGCUCGAGAUUCCAAGCAGUCUUGUGCUGUUAAACCUUCAUCUUCUUAUCAAAACAAGGAUUCUGAUUCAGUUGCCCAAACUUCUUCUGGGACUACAGAUAUAAACAAACCAGAUGAAGAUGGAAGAGACCAUGCCAUCAAUUCUUCAGCUCUGCUAGAAGAAGCAGCUGCUUCGUCAAAAAUCCGUGUUAAUCAGUACGCUUGCUCUCCAGCUGUGGAGUACAAGCCUCAAAUGCAUAAUAAUUCCAGGCCAUUUCCAGAGAAUGGUGCAGUUAAUUCCAGAGGUUAUGAGGACAGAAUAGCGACAGAAGUGGGAAUUGGGACUCCAAAGCAUGGUUCACUGUGGUACAAGCCUCCUGCCGACCUUUACUUGCCAUCAGAAGUUGACUUCCAGCGUGUGUAUGGGUAUGAAAGUGGUUGCAGUCCCGGUACAUCACCAGUUAGCUUCUUCACUCCACCUUGUUCGAAGGGCAGUAACUUCGCUGCAAGAAGUCCUGAAUCUUUCCUGAGAGAGGCUGCUAAGACUUUUCCAAACACACCCUCUAUCUUUAGGAAAAGACGGAAAAUUGCUGUGGAGCAAAGGGAGAAUGAUAAUGCUACUGGGAAAAUAGAUGGCGACAGUGGAGCUAAGCGGGUUGAUAAAGAAGAAGAGAACACGGAAAAUAGGUCAGAGAAGUCUCCAGCUCAGAGAGAAGUAUCGACACAGAGCCCUGAUUGUCAUGAUAACAAAAACCGCGGGUCAAAUGGCAGUGCUUACAAUGUGUCCCCCGCAUAUCGGUUAAGGUCCAAAAGAACAGCAGUCUUCAAAUCAAGACAGCUUGAAUUUAUGUCUGAGAAAGAGAAUCCAGGGAAUGAAACAAAAUCAUGAGGUUACAUCUGAAGAGCGGGUCCCAUGUUAAAGCAGACAUCUUAACUUUUUUGUUCAACAAUAGAUGGAAAUCUCACCUUCAGUCACAAACUGUACAGGUAGCAAUGUGACAGCUCGGAAUGGCUGAAACGAAACAUAAGGGAGGUGACAAAACUUUGGCCUUUUGUCCUCCUCCAAUCGAAGACAGCAACUAAGAAUCAUACACACUCCUCAGUUACACUUGAGAAUAUAUUUUGUAUUUCUUUUUCUUUUUGGACUGUUCCUGCAAAUAGAGGUGAUGAUUUUUGUUUAGGUUUAACCAAUGAGUUGUGUACAGAAAGUGAUGAGGAAAUUCGGUAAGUUAUUAUU